AUGGCCGCGUCCAAAGAUAUAUUUUUCUGGACCCCUAGCGGACAAUUACUUCGAAAUAAACGUACUAUUCCCGUCACAAACAUCACUGAGCUAGUUGAGUAUGUGUUACUCCCUCAUAACAAUGAGGUUUCAAAGCCUCGUGCGCUGAAUACGUUUGUAGAUGGACUUGCAGAGUUAGGAAUCGAUAAAGGUUUAAUCAAGAACAAAAAGCUGUUAAGUGAUUUAAUAGAAAAGGAAAAAGGCUACCAAAAUGUAGAAAAUACUUCUGAUAACUAGAGUAAUAAUGAGGAGAGUUCAUCGGAUAUUGAAAAUCAGGAGGAGGAAGUGGCUUCUGAGAAUGGCGUUGAAGCGGAAGACACCCAAGAGAGCGACAUCGACACUGAAAACGACAGUCAGGAAAUAGAAAGUAGUAGCCCUGAAACGUCCACCACCUUUCACUCUAAACGUCCCUGUGAACACUGCGAGAACUCUAAUGUCUACGGGACAUUGAUCAUGAAAUGUCCU